CCAAAUUGAAGAAGAUAGAAGAAGAGAUGGCUAGAGAGAAGGAGAGGAUACAGAAAGAGGAGGAAGCAAAGUUGAAGGAGGUGGAAGAAGAAGAGGAAGAAGAUGAUCAGCCACUGGAGAGGAGAAGAGAACAGCGAGGGCAGUACAGUGGCAGCAAAGAUGAUGAGAUGGAGAAGCGAAUCUCAGAGUGGGUCGCCAACUUGUCCCUGGGAGAAGAAGAAGAGGUAGCCAUGUAUAUCCCCAAGGAUGAGCAGGAAGCCGCUAUGAAGGAGUGGGAAGCAGAAAGGGAUGUUGUGAGGCGGCAGGCAAUGGAGGAUGAAACGAGGAUGGAGUGGAAGCUGAGAGUGAUGAGGGAAAAGAAGAAGAAAGUGGACGCGGCGACUGACGCGGUCAAAGACCUAGGGGAGAUGCAGCAACUAACCCUGAGGUUGACCCCUCAGGUAGACCUUGAGAAAAAGGUAGAACUCAUUGCCCAGACUGUCGAGCGCUUAGCCCGGAUACAAGAACAACAGUACGAUUUUAGUCGAAGCCAUGACAUGGCCGUGCGCUCCAUACGAAUGGGGUUUCGAGACUUUGCUCGCGAAUUGGUAGGCGCAAUAGGAUCCGAGGUGAAUCAUCGCCUCGAGAAGACUGAACGAUUUUGCGUUGGCGCCAUUGAGGGCGUCAAGGCUGCAGCUCCCAAGGAGGAGGAACCACGCCCGCCGCGUAGAGAGCCAGUCAAGGUCAAAUUCCCUGAUUCCUACAGUGGGAAGAGGAAAAAGAACUUUGAUAACUGGGAGGCCAACGUUAAGACCUACGUGCAUUUGCAACAGGUCUCCCAGGAUCAGCAAGUUCUAAUUGUGAUCCACGCACUUAAAGAUGAGGCCGCCAGUUUCGCAAGAUCCCUUGUUCGCGCUGCCUAUUCGGCAUUUACUUCCCUCACUGAGUUCAUGAGAUUGCUGCCCAAGCGAUUUGCAGAUGUCGCUCGAAGUGUCAAAGCAUCAGAUAGGCUGCAGACGAUCCACGCCCGUAAGUGGAAGAGUGCCAGGGUACUCAAGAGCACGAUGGAUGAAUUAAUCGCUGUUCCUGACCAUGGGAUCACAGACACCCAAUUGGUCGGCCUUUUCUACCGGGCUAUCCCCGAAGCCUUGCGAGGGCACUUCUUCGCGAAGAGCGAAGAUCCGGCCACUACAUAUGAUUCUCUUAGUCGUGAAGUGGUGGCCUUUGAAGCCAAGUCAGCAUCUGUGUCUACCUUCUGGCACAAAGACUUGGACAAGGGAAAGCAAUGGAAGGGCCGCACUACCUCUGGGCAAGUGAAGACUAAGGAUAGCCUUGUCCUAACGCUAGACGAGGGUAGUGUGGAUGAGAUCCCCUACGACCAGAUUGAGUGGGGGUUAGAGGAGGAUGACAGCGGUGUGGGCCAGGGGAGGACUUAUGCUACUGUCGCGGCUGGAGGGAGGCCGCAAGGAGGACGAGGCCAGGGCCAAGGGGGCCGGGCCUCAGGGAACCGGUUUCAGGGCGAUCAGGGGGUUGGCGGCCGAGGAGGAAAACGCCAAGCGGGAGGCAGGGUCAAGGUCCCCCGCAAAACCGUCCUAGGAACAGAGGGAGUCCAGGCGUAUUUUCGCCUAGAGAAGGAUGGGAAAGUGGAAAAGGUCCUCCACUCCCUGACUCUCCUCGUAGAAGACAGCCUCCCAUUCGACAUUGUUCUGGGAAUGGAUUGGGGAGAGGCAGCCGGGGCCAUGCUCCAUUUGAAGGAGCACGAGUGUAGGCUCCCUAGUUCGUCAGGCGAGGCUAAGACUGCCCGCCUGUUCCAUGUGUCAGGGGUAGAGAAUUCCUUGGCGCAUUGGCGCCUUAGUGCCCCCGCGUUCGCCAGACUGGUGAAAAAGGAGAAGUUGGAGGAACAGGUUUUUGUUGCCUACGUUAGGCCAGUGACUGAGCCUACGGAAGAAAGGCCGAUGGACCCUGCGAUUGCCAAGCUGCUGGAAGAGUUUAGAGAUUUGACUGAGCCGCCGACAGGCACGGUGCCGCGGCCCAUCCAGCACCAUAUCGAGAUAGAGCCUGGCAGUAGAACUCCUAAGGGUGCGGUGUACAAGAUGUCCCCGCGGGAGUUAGAGGAGUUUCGCAAGCAUUUAGACGAGCUCCUCGAGACGGGUUGGAUUAGGCCCAGUUCGUCUCCUUUCGGAGCGCCUGUCCUCUUUGUCCCUAAGAAAGAGGGAGAGCUGAGAAUGUGCAUAGACUAUAGGGGUCUGAAUGCUAUUGCGAUUACUCAGGAAGGAGACCAUCUGGAAGUGGGACAAGGACUGCACGUCUGCCAUGAAAAAGUUGAAGCAGGCGUUGAUAGAGUACCGGUCCUUAAGGUAGUCGAUCCGUCCUUGCCUUUUGUCGUCACUACGGAUGCUAGCCAGUACGGCAUAGGCGCGGUGUUGCAGCAAGACGAUGGCAAUGGGUAUAGACCCGUAGAGUUCAUGUCCGCCAGGAUGCCUUCAGAGAAGGUCGCGACAUCUACCUAUGAGAGGGAACUCUACGCUCUCAGGCAAGCGUUAGACCACUGGAAGCACUACUUGCUUGGGAGGCACUUCAAAGUCUAUUCUGACCAUGAAACGUUACGAUGGUUAAAGACGCAGGCCAAGAUGACACCUAAGCUUACUAGGUGGGCCACAGAGAUAGAUCAGUACGACUUCGAGCUCAAGCCUGUCAAGGGAAGUACAACGUAGUCACGGAUGCUCUGAGUAGAAGGGCUGAUUACUUUGGGACGA